CUAAUACAGUACAUUGAUUCUCUGAGGCAGCGGACGUUUAGUGAUGGGAUCUAUGUGAGAGAGCAGUGGCCAGCAAUCACUCUCCAGGCAGUAAGCUGGUUAUGUCAGAUGUGGAGGAUGAGUUCUUGCUCAGAGAUCUGUGGGUCGGAGCAUGCUGAUCAGGUGCACAGUGCUGCCGAGAGCAACUAUCGGCGCUAUGGGGUUCGAUCGUACUUGCAUCAGUUCUACGAGAACUGCACCGCAUCAAUCUGGGAAUAUGACGAAGAUUUUCAGACUCAGAGAUCACCAAGCAGGUGGAGCUCUGUUCUCUGGAAGGUUGGACUCAUAACCAGUUCUGUCAUUCUGCUAGUUGGCUUGAUAGUAAUUGCAGUUGGCUACACCGUCCCUUCAAAAAUUGAAGCAUUCGGGGAAGAUGAAUUGCUUUUUGUGGAUGAACAUGCAAUGCAGUUUAACAGAGCUCUCGAAAUCUGCAAGCUAGCGGGCGCCAUUUUGUUUUGCAUUGGAGGAACCAUGAUGGCAGCUUGUCUGGUGAUGUCUGCUUUUGCCAAGAGUUAUUCGAAAGAGGAGAGAUACCUGCAGCAGAAAUCCAAAAAGAGAAUAACAGAAUUGCAAGCUUCUGCCCAUCCAAUUACAAAGGCUCCGACUCCUGGAGAGUGUAAAAUACCAGUCACUCUGUCAAAAGUGCAAAACGUUCAACCCUCUUCUGAAACCUGACAUUAAAUGUUCACAUUAGCCAUGAAUUUGUUCACUAAACAUCAGCUCCCUUGAUGAAGGAGAAAAUUACACAUGCACUUGCAUAAAAAAAUAAAAUAAAAAAAAAACAUAAUCUUAAAAAAACUAGAGUCAAAUAAAUGCAUAAUUAUAGUAUGGGCCAUUUAUGUGUCUUUUUACCCCACUCAGACCCUUUGCUUAAGUCACUGCUUGUUUCACAGUGCCCAGGUACAUAAAACGUUAUCCAUUGAUUGGACUGAGUUGAGGGUGGUGUAUUUGAUGCAUAUGUUUUUCCCCCACUAAGGAUCUAGCUUUCCAUGAAGAGAAGUCUUGGUAUUCACCACUGUUUGGUGGAUAAACUACAGAAAACACAUCCCACCUAGUUGUUCUCAAUGGGAAGUUAAGAAUAUUUGGAAUACCACGGCACUUAGUGGGACACUUACUAAAAUUAAUGCCACAUAUUUGACAAGAACAUGUGAAAAACAAGUAGCUCUAGUGGGGUAAAUCAAAGAACAAAUGCCUCAGACUAGUCAUUCUACAUUUAUUACUCCUACAACGUGUCGUCUUUCUCUACUAUUUGUCUAAAACAUGAAAUGCUUGUGUGGAACUAUGGCGUGAAUGGGAGCAAUGACCAUUGUUCCAGAUAAGUCCAAAUCUCUGCCUUACACUAAAGAAUCAAUGUAUUUACGAGUAAACCAGUUAAUUCUGCUAUCUUUUAAAGUGGCAUUGGGCAAUAUGAGGUUUUACUACAUGAAACUUUUCUCUGAUUAGAUAUAUUUCUGCCUGUAUGUGCUCCAUUAUGAACAAAAUUAAAGAAACAGGCAGGCAUGGGGUAUAGGGGUUGUUUACACACACGUUUAGUGUAUGUUCCAGCAUUGCUUCAGGUGGGACAAAAACUGAAUGCAAGGUUUCAAUUGUUAAUAGAACCACACAGUACUUACCAUCAAAGCAACUUUCCAACGCUGAUCUUUUCAUACUUUUAUUUUCUGAUUAUGGUAAAAUAUUUAAUAACAUCAAGCACAUUUUAAACCACCCUUUAUCAUUUGUAUGGUCCUGUAAACAGAAAUCCAGCAUGGUAUUUUCUCCCUGUGGUAUCUUCUGAUUGGCUAAGUGGAACUAAGCUCAUUAAUUAUUUCAAUAUUACAACAUAUAUUUAUGCUAAUUAUUUAAAUGACAUCUGUUGGUUUCCUGGGUGACGUGUAGGUCAUGCUGUGGCAGCAAGCAUAAUUAAAACUAUACAAAUAUGACAUGUUGAAAAUUAUAGUGAAUUACUGUAACUGACAAUGGGUUAUAAUCCCAAUGAUUAUUGCUCACAGUUCUUAACCUUUCUCAUCAAAGGCACGAUAGUUUUCUGCAUUCCAAAUAUUUUAUAAGUUACUGAUAUUUCUUCAGUUUUCUUGCCUAUAUAAUUUGCAAUGAACAAUUUCUUCAGCGUUUGUCAGGCGCAUCAGGUCCAAAUUAUUUUCACAUGUGCUGUUUAUUUUACACAAGCUGUUUAAAAUAUUUGUUUUCAGAGUAAAACAGGUUUAAAAGGCAUUGAAUUGCAAAAGGACACUUAGUACUGUAUCUGCUGUAUCCCCUAGUUCGCUGUGUUUUUCACAUACCUCUUUUUAGAUGUCCAUGUUAUCUCUGUAGUUGAUGGGGCUAUGAGAUACGCCCU